AUGACUCCUUGUAAAUUUUCCACAAUUUCCAAGAAUUUCUUUAAAAUUGGAAUUCCAUGGCAAACGCGUUUUAUGAGUGCUGCCAGCAAUAAACAAUGUCCUGGAAAUUCGUCCCAAAAACCACCACCAACUCCUAAGGCGUCAAUGAAACCCAAUAAAGAAGAAACCAAAGCACUAACCGUCCCAACACCGGUAGCGCCACCACCAAAAAAGCCACAAAUAAAAACCGUUCAAAUAUAUCGCUGGAAACCGGGUGAGAAGGCUCACCUGCAAACCUAUAAAAUUGAUUUGACCCAAUGUGGUCCAAUGGUUUUGGAUAUUUUGAUUAAAAUUAAAAAUGAAAUUGAUCAAACAUUGACAUUUCGCCGGUCUUGUCGUGAAGGUAUCUGCGGUUCAUGUGCCAUGAAUAUAGAUGGUCUCAAUACCCUGGCAUGUACAUGUAAAACUGAUAAAAAUCUAUCGAAGCCCUUGCGCAUUUACCCACUGCCGCAUAUGUAUGUGGUACGUGACUUGGUACCCGAUCUUUCACAAUUCUAUGAACAAUAUCGUUCGAUACAGCCAUGGUUGCAACGUUGCUGCAAGGGGAUUAAGGAGGUAACUGGAGCAGCACAAUAUUUACAACAUCCCGCAGAUCGUGAUGUAUUGGAUGGGCUGUAUGAAUGUAUAUUGUGUUGUUGUUGCCAAUCAUCGUGCCCCUCAUAUUGGUGGAAUAGUGAUCGUUAUUUGGGUCCAGCUGUUCUAAUGCAAGCAUAUCGUUGGAUUAUCGAUUCCCGUGAUGAAGCAACCGAAGAACGUUUGAAUUAUCUCAGGGAUCCAUAUAAAAUAUAUCGUUGCCACACCAUUAUGAAUUGUACAAACACCUGUCCCAAGGGUUUGAAUCCAGCUAAGGCGAUUGCUAAAUUGAAGCAACUAUUGGCUGGUUAUAGUAAGAAGGCAAAUCCGAAAUUGGAUACUGGAAAGAUUUUUAAAAGCUUGAAAUGA